CGACAACGCACCGUCCGUCUUUAAACAUCAUUCUCCCUUUUCCUUUCUCUUCUUAUAGUACGAGGGGAAUGCUUCGAUAGCAUUCGAUAAUUCGCCCGCCAUGUACAACUCCCUCACUCGCGUCCAAAACUCGUUUGGCUUCUUCACCACCGUCUCAUUCGUCGUCGCAGCCUUCAUCGCCGCCUCCGAUCUCCUUGCGCCGCGCAUCCCUUCCACAGGCCUCAUCGCCCCCACAAACGUCCAGGUUGUCAAGGGUCGCCCGCAUUACUAUAGCUCCAAGAAGGAGGAGUACGCCAUCAUCAAGUUCUCCCUCGAAGCCGACUUCUCGUCCCUCUUCACAUGGAACACUAAGCAGCUCUUCGUCUAUGUCACCGCCGAGUGGCCAGGCCCCGGCAAUGCCACCAACGAGGCUGUCAUCUGGGACUCCAUCAUCACCAACCCGAGCGCCGACCAUCUGAAGAACAUUGGCCCUGUUGCCAUGAAGAAGCUUAAGCGCAGCGCCGAGGGCAAGUCCAUUGACCCCAGCCGUGGCAUCCUUAAGCUGAGGAACCAGAAGCCCAAGUACCAGAUCACCCACCCUAGCGGCAAGGUCGCUGAGAAGGACAACGUGGAGCUCAAGGUGCACUACAAUGUUCAGCCCUGGGUCGGCCUCCUGACUUGGGACCAAGGCCAGGAUAUCGGCCUCUGGAAGAAGUUGGCUGGCGGUGUUAGUGAGAAGUUCCAGCUCCCCGCCCUCAAGACCAAGAAGAAGGACGCCAAGAAGAGCGCCUAGAGGAGGCCAGCUCCCAUGCUAGUCCUUAAAUCCAGAUCUAUACUAUAGCAUGCUAUGGCGUUUAAUGGAGUGGGUAAUCAUCGUUGAAUUUCAUGUUUAUGGGUACUGUUUGGCCCAGACAAUUAUCUUCGUGAUUUCAUGAUACAUGCAGAUAUCUACAUUUUGUCUAUACGACUUUGUUCACAUCCACCAUCUCUCAUGACACCAUGCUUAGAAACCCAGACCUGUCAACAUAUAUCGUAACACGUAAACAAAGUACACGGUCCGUCAAGGCUGAUAAACCCAAAGACCAGGCAUCUAGCCCUGGGUUGCGUUACUAGCAGCCCCUCCGUUGCCUCUUCCACGUCCUCCACGUCCUCUUCCGCCGCGUCCACGACCGCGUCCCCUUCCUCGUGGUUGGUCGAGGCUGGCAGGCGGCGGCACGUUGCCGUACUUUUGCUCUCCUGCAUCGGGAGCGGGUGAGCCAUGCAGGUUGCCGCGUCCACGACCUCGCCCGUUUGAAGGGGCACCGCCCCGAACUCGAUAGCCGUCCUGGCCCUGGUGUGCGCCAUCGGGACCGUUGCGGUAAACCAGGGUGCUGUGGACGAGGUUAGGGCCACCUCCACGAGCCCCGUUGCCUCGGCCACGCGAGGGUGUACCGUUCAAGGCUCCUCGCC